GCAGUGCCCUUGGGAAGGCUGGGGAAGGCUCUGAAGGUGAUGCCGAGGACUCUGCUGCUUCGCCCUGUGUAGAAGAUACAGGCAUGUCGCAGCUGCCUUUUGGAGCUCUAGAGCUCUCACAGAGCCAGGAUUUUGAGAGUGACUCCGUGCCCAGUGAGGGAGAUGCUCAGCAUCAGUUUCACCCUGGAGCUGCUGUCCCUUCUUCCAGACUUGUGAAGAACGAUACUAAAGAUGAAUAUUCAAAUAAUCUGAUAGUGAAUUCCCUUCCUGAACUGCAUGGGGAUAGCACAGAAACUGUCUCCAGCACAGAAGCACAUACUGCUUUGGAAGGCCAGGCAGAGAAGUCAGAAAGUACUCUGCAGGAAGUAGAAGACCAUACUGGAAAACAAAUGCCUGUCUGUGACCCCACUAAAACUGAGAAAUCCCUUGAUUCUGGUCAUGAGGAGCUGGAUGUCUUGUCAACUCAGGAAGAAAUGUUUCCUGAGUGUAAUGCAACAGGGAGUGACUGUCCGAUCGCCAGGGUGGAAGAGGGAAGUUCUCUGGCGUGUACCCCUGCUCGCAGCCUGCAGCUCCUGCAGCUCUCCGGACAGGGAUCCCUUGUACAGGAGAGUCAUUCCACUGUCUCUUCGGGCGUAGUUACUCCUCCUCCUGUUGCCUUUGGAUCCAGUGCUCUUGUCCCCAGCACUCCUACUGAACAGGAGCAAGCAAAAGAUGGGCAGGUGGAUAUAUCUGUCCCUGCAGAAGGAAGAGAGCUGGUGCAGAAGCAGAGGGGGGAUACGCUGGUGGAGAUGGGCAUCCCGUGUAUCCCAGCAGCAGCUCUUGUCCUGCCACAGGCUUCAACUCCGGUGUCGCAGAGUGCCCCAGCCUUCUUCCCUGGAUCCCUGCCUAUACCGUCACAGCCAGAGUUCUCUCAUGAUAUCUUUGUUCCAACUCAGACCCCAGAGAAGAAGCAUGAAGGAGAAAAAGCUGCUCCUUUAACCCAUUUAUGCUUACCAGGAGAUCUCUCUGGACCUACAGAUGCUUUGUCAAAGAUGUCUGCAAGUGACUCCAUGUCACAGCCUUCCGAGUCGUGUAAGCUGAUGCUUUCUGCAAGUGAAUGUAACCAGCCCACAAAUGCAGAGGUCAGCUCAGGUUCUCUGAACACGGGCCAAGACAGUGAAACCACGCAGGUGGGGAUGAUUUCUGAGUGUGAAGCCUCAGACUCGAAGCUCUCUUCUGCGGAGAAUGACAGUGUAAAACUGAGGCUGGAUGCAAGUGAUCAAGCCCUUUCUGAAAACUGUGAAAAAGCAAAAAAGGAGGAUUUACAAACUGCAGGAAAGCCUGUAAUGCAGUUAGUUAGUGAAGGGGUAGCAGAUGUGUCAUUAGCCCCUACAGCUCAUCGGGAGAUUGAGUGUAUUUCUGGAAGUCAGACUGCUGCAGAUCAGUCUGGUCUGCCUGAGGUUUUGUCAUGCACUUUGAAUAGAGAAACACAGUCUGAGGAUUAUCCAUUGGAAGAGACUUCUGAACCUGAAGCAGUUCCUGAGACUCAGUGUGAAGAACAAGAAGAAAAACUGGAAGUAAAAGAGAAGCAAAUAAAUGAAGAUGGGUCCCAUGUUAAUACAACGCAUUCUCAGAGGUUUAUUCUUGAAAGGGAAGUACAGUGUCAUGAAGAUAUGGAAGUGGAAUUUGCUGAUGGUUCUUGUAAAAAUAGCAAAAAUUUGUCUGAUCAGGCCGAAGAAUUAGGAAAUACGGGACCAGAAAGCCAGAGAAAAGAAACUUCAAAAGAAUGUACUUCUGGCAGUGGAGUGUCAAAGAGCAUGGAUAAACUGUCAUUUAAGUCUGCUUUGGAGAACAUGCCAAGGCUCAAUAAAGUUUUAUCUAAGACUUCUGCAGCAGAGUUACUGGAGCAGCACAACAAUCUGUUUCCUAAGUUAAAGAGUGAUCUUCCAUUGGAAGUGGCACUGUGUGGAAAAAAACACCCAGGUUGUUCAGAACUAGGACAGAUAAUGGUAAUAGGAAAUAAGCCACCACCUCAAGAGAGAGGGGUUGACAUGCCGGUGACUCAGCAGGAGAAUCGGGUGCCAAAGAAUACAGAGGAUACUGUUACAACAAGGAGCCUGGAUGGAGAAGAGCAGAGGCAGCCACAGGAGAAGGCAACUGCUAAAUCCCCUAGUCCUAGUGGAACCCUGUUUCAUUUUACCUUGCCGAAGGAGGGUGAUGUCAUUGAGCCCUUGACCAGCAUAACGCCACCUCUUAUUGGCCAGCUUAAAAUGGGACCCAGAAGACACAGCACACCCAUCGUGGAUGAUAGUUGCCCAGACAGCACUAUAGUGACUAGUGAUGUUACAGCAGAGGGCACAAUGGGCACCAACAACAUCACCGUGGAAAGUGCAGUGGUAUCGGCAGAUGUGUCAGACGUGUGUGAGAAAGGAGAUUCUCAUGUGGUUCCCGAGGCUGAUGCAAAACUCUCUCUGCGAAUGAACCUUGUUACCCCUGUGAGUGACGGGAGUGAGGAGUCCCUGCCGUUCAGCUUGGAAAAGCCUACAGCCAGUGACAGGAAAGAUGGAUCCUCUGCUGCUGCCAGCUCCCAGAAAGCAUCAUCUGUGUUUAGUCGUGUCUGUGAAGUUCGUCGAGAGGAUGAGGCCAGAGGUCAUGGUCUUUCCACUUCUCCGUUUAGGGGGAAUCUGUUCAGUUUUCCUGGCACACAAGAAGAUGCUGAAUUACGUAAAAACCCAGGUGAUUGGCAGUACCAGCAACACAAGGCAGAUGACAGUGGUGGACAGAGGAUGUCGCAGGUCUGCCCUCAGCAGCCUCCUGGUGCAGAGGAUGGGGAGUCAGUGGAGACUGGUAUUGUAAGCACUCAGGCAGAAGAAGGGAGAAAAAUGGAGGAGAAACCAAGUAAGGCUGAUGAAGUUGAUGAAAGCAGAGAGAGGCGGGCAAACACAAAGAAUAAAGGGACUCAGACUACAGAAGACUCUCUUUUUACCCCAACAACUGUUACAACAGCAACACAAACAGCAGAAGAAACCUGUAGGCAGGUGGAAGUGGGAACCAGUAUGUCUGGGCAGAGACCUGGGCGGCAAGAUGCAGAUGUCCAAACCGAGGAGAGCGAAGAAAAGCUUGUGAAUGCCUCUGGAGAGGACACAGACUCUCUGCACAGUCAGGGAGAGGAGGAGUUUAACCUUCUCCACCCACCGAAAGGCCGAGUUCAGCACCGCCACACACGGACUAUUAGAGAAGUACGCACUGUGGUUACCCGUGUUAUAACAGAUGUCUACUACAUAAAUGGUGCAGAGGUGGAACGAAAGGUUGUUGAGGAAGCUGAGGAGCCUGUAGUGGAGUGCCAGGAGUGUGAGACUGACACAUCCUCCUCCAGAACUGCAGUGGGCUCAUCGCUGACCUCAGGGGACCUUGGUGAUGUCAGCUCCUUCUCCUCCAAGGCCUCAAGCCUUCACCGUACAUCAAGUGGAGCAAGCAGUGGUCACUCUGCCACACACAGCAGCAGCAGCAGCUCAGGGCGAGGAACUGGAGCUGUUAAAGGGAAAGUGUGUGGGACAGAAACUGGAGAGUUUGCUUUACCCAUUGGCAGAGGUGUCUUAGGAAAAUUAAGCCCUAGGAAAGGAGCUGGUCAGCCAGCAUCUCCGCUCCGAGUUAGCCAGGCAGGAGCAGCACUGCCUUGUGAGGAAGAGGAGGACUCUAUGUCUGGCACUCGUCAGGGUGGCAGAGCACCUGUGACACCUCGAGGGCGAGGAAGAAGAGGCCGCCCACCAUCUCGAACAACAGGAACAAGAGAUUUGGCUGGACUGCCAGGAGUGGAGGAUCUCUCAACUACAGCAUCACCUGAGGAGAAGUCAUUUACUCGUUCAGUUCGCCUGCCAGAUGGAGGGGAGAAAUCUGAUGCUUCUGGCUUCUGUGCCUUACGUCGAAGUGACUCUCCAGAAAUCCCAUUACAAGUGGUGACUGGUCCUUCGGAAUGUGCAGACUCGUCCUCUGGGAGCAGCUUUGUAGGCCUCAGGGUUGUAGCAAAGUGGUCCUCAAAUGGAUACUUCUAUUCCGGGAUGAUUACCCAGGAUGUUGGGGCAGGAAAGUACAAGCUGCUCUUUGAUGACGGAUAUGAAUGUGAUGUGCUUGGAAAAGAUAUUUUACUCUGUGAUCCCAUCCCCCUGGAGACUGAGGUGACUGCACUCUCAGAGGACGAGUACUUCAGCGCAGGUGUGGUGAAGGGACACCGGAAGGAGUCUGGAGAGCUGUACUACUGCAUUGAGAAGGAAGGCCAGAGGAAGUGGUACAAACGAAUGGCUGUUAUCCUGUCUCUGGAACAAGGAAAUAAGCUCCGGGAGCAGUUUGGGCUGGGUCCUUACGAACCUGUCACCCCCCUGACCAAAGCAGCUGACAUCAGUCUCGAUAAUCUUGUGGAGGGGAAGAGGAAGCGACGUAGUAACCUUGGUUCUCCCAGCACUUCCAGCAGCAGCACAACUCCCACUCGUAAACGGCAGGAGAGUCCACGCGUCCCACUAGGCACACUGUCAGGGAAGAGGAAGCUUGUUGCUUCUGAAGAUGAGAUAUCCCCAGCUAAACGUGGCCACAAGUCGUCAGUGAUAAAGCCUGGGGCUGUGAGAGCCGGAGAGUUUGUAAGCACCUGUGAAGGUGCUGAUGCUGUAGAUCCCCCAGUGCUGGAGGACCAUCAUGGACCCUUGCCCAACAAUAAAACCCUUUUUUUGGGCUAUGCCUUUCUCCUCACCAUGGCAACACCCACUGACAAAUUGGUCAGUCACCAGAAGCCAUCAGAUGGUCCCACAGGAAGUAGUGAGGAGGAAGAAGAAUUUUUAGAGAUGACUCCAUACGACAAACAUUACAUAGCACAGCAGCUGCGAGCAGGAGCUGGCUAUAUCCUGGAAGACUUCAAUGAAACCCAGUGUAAUGCAGCCUAUCAGUGUCUUUUGAUUGCGGACCAGCAUUGUCGAACUCGGAAAUACUUGCUGUGCCUUGCCAGAGGGAUCCCUUGUGUGUCUCACAUCUGGGUCCAUGAUAGCUGUCACGCUAACCAGCUUCAGAAUUACCGGAAUUACCUUUUGCCAGCUGGUUAUAGCCUCCAGGAGCAAAAAUUGCUAGAAUGGCACCCACGAGAGAACCCAUUUCAUAACCUGAAGGUUCUCCUGGUGUCAGACCAGCAGCAGAACUUCCUGGAUCUGUGGUCUGAAAUCCUCAUGACGGGGGGAGCAGCAUCUGUUAAACAGCAUUACUCAAGUGCUCACAACAAAGAUGCCUGUCUUUCCUCCUGUGCAGAUCUUGCUUUGGGUGUUUAUGAUGUGGUGGUGACUGAUUUUUCCUGCCCAGCUGGUGUCUUGAAGUGUGCAGAAGCAUUACGGCUGCCUGUUGUCUCACAAGAGUGGGUGAUCCAGAGCCUUAUUGCUGGGGAGAGAGUAGGCUACAACAAGCAUCCAAAAUACAAACAUGACUAUGUCCCCCACUAAGCUAAAACUUUGCCCUGCUGUCCCACUGUUGUGCAGACUGUGUCUUCAUCAGGUUUUUAAUGUUUGUGUAAUUGGACAGUGUGCAUGGAUUGCUGUAUAUAGUUUUAUCCGCUGGACUUUUAUGAUGAAAUAAAUGUUCAAUCUCUUGUGGUA